AUGAAUGAAGAAGUUGGAGAUCAUGACAUGAAUGAAGAAUACAAUAGUGAUGAAUUGGAUUCAAAUCUAGAUAGUGAUGAGGAUGUGAGGUUGAAAAAGGGGAAAUUUAAAAAGUAUAGAAAAGAUUAUAUGAACAAGAACUUCAGAUUUGAAUUGGGGAUGGAGUUAUGUUCAUUAAAGGAAUUUAAAAAUGCACUAUUGGAGCAUAGUGUAUUAAAUGGAAAAGAGGUUAAGUUUGUGAAGAAUUAUCUGAACAUAGUAAGGGCAGUUUGUAAAAACAAAUGUGGUUUUUUUAUUAUGGCUAGCAAGGUAGGAGGCAAGCAAACAUUUAGGGUCAAAACCUUGGUUGGACGACACAGUUGUGGAAGGGUUUUUGGAAACAAAAGUGCAAAUGUUAACUGGAUUGCACAAGUAUUAGUAGAUAGGUUUGUAAAUGUGGCUAACAUGGUAGUCAACCAAAUAAUUAAUGGCAUUAAGAAGUCAUUCAGUGUUGGAAUAACUGCUUGGAAAGCUGGAAAGGCCAAGGAAAUUGCUUUGGAUUCUUUGGUUGGUGAUGGAGAACGACAAUACGGUCGUCUAUAUGAUUAUGUGGGUGAAUUGCUAAGAGUGAAGUCUGGAACCUUUAAAAUUAAAGUCAAUCAACCCCAACCAAGUUUGCCUCCAAGAUUUGGCUCAUUUUAUAUGUGUUUAGAGGGCUGUAAGCAAGGCUUCUUAGGAAGUUGCAGGCCCUUCAUAGGGGUAGAUGGUUUUCAUCUGAAGACAACAUAUGGUGGUCAGUUGUUGGUGGCAAUGGGCAGAGACCCGAAUGACCAAUAUUUCACACUAGUUUUUGCUAUGGUUGAAAAUGAAUGCAAAGAAAGUUGGAGAUGGUUUUUGACACUACUUCUGGAUGAUAUUGGAGGCAUUGAUUGUCAACGUUGGCAAUUGGAAUAUUUACUAUUGACCAAGACCUUUUGUGAUUUGCAAGGACUAAUGACAGUUUUUGAUGAGAUAUUGGAAGGAGUGGAACAUAGAUUGUGCUUAAGGCACUUGUAUAACAAUUACAAGAAGAAGUUUGGUGGAGGAGUGCUUAUUAGAGAUCUUAUGAUGGGGGCUGCGAAGGCCACAUUUAAACAGAAUUGGGAAAAGAAAAUGGGUGAGUUGUCCAAUGUUAACAUUGAUGCUUACAAUUGGUUGCUAGUUAUUCCAACUAAUCGUUGGUGUAAACAUGCAUUUAGUAGUUAUCCUAGAUGUGAUGUCUUGUUAAAUAAUUUGUCUGAGUCAUUUAAUAGUACAAUUUUACUAGCUAGAGACAAACCUAUCAUAACUAUGAUGGAAUGGAUUAGAACUUACAUUAUGAGUAGGUUUGCAACACUUAGAGAAAAAGCAAUGACAUAUACAGGAGUUGUGAUGCCUAAACCACGAAAUAGGCUUGAUAGGGAAGUUGAGAAGAGUGGAAAUUGGAUUCCAACUUGGGCAAGGGCUGCAAAAUUUGAAGUCACUCACGGGUUUACAAUGGAUAAGUUUGUAGUUGACCUAAGUAACCAUUCAUGUAGUUAUUACUUUUGGGAUUUGGUAGGAAUUCCUUGCAGGCACGCUGUGGCUGCCAUAAAUUACAAACUAGAAAACCCUGAAGACUAUGUACAUCCUUAUUACAAGAGAGAGGCUUAUGAGACUUGUUAUGGCCCUGAAAUUGAGGAUCUAGCAGCACAAGGGCGACUUCCACUGCAGGAGGUUCUCAAGCAGAACCAGCUCCAUCAACGUCACAAGGAGGAGCAACAUCAACAAGGGGAAGAAGAAGUGGCAGUGGAGCAGGACCUGCAUCAAGUCACUAAGGAGGAGGAACAUCAACACAGGGAAGAAGAAGUGGCAGUGGAGCAGGACCUGCAUCAAGUCACCAAGGUGGAAGAAGAACAUCCUCACGACUACUGGCUGCACAACAUCUAG